AUGAAGCUUUCGGUUCUUAUCUUUUUCUGCAGUAGCUUCGCUGCGGCAUCCCUCGCCCGAGGCUGCCAGCAAGACACUUGUGUCCAAGCGGCUAUUGGAAACUAUCAAUAUCCCAAUCUUGACGCUUGCAAAUCGUUUUUGCUAGCGACGGCAGUGCCUACUCCGACUACUAUCUACAAUGUCAAGACCGUUCAAGUACACCCCGUCGUGAUCAAGCGCGUAACGAAAACGUCGACCACCCUCGUGACAGCGACCAAGAUUAAAUCGGUGGUCAAGACCGACAUUCGAGAUGUGACAGCGACCGAUAUUGACUUCGAGACAGUUCAAGUAACAAAGGUCUCGAAAGUUACUGCUACGCGUGCAGCCAAUCCUCCAUUCAGGCGAGCAAAUAAUCAGCCCCCAACAAUCAUCAAGCCAACCAAGGUCCCUGCAGCAGCCCAAAAAGCCUGCCCCGAUGCCGCUCAAUUCUCAUCUGCUUGUAGUUGCAUGGGUAUCAAACCCAGCACUAAAACCCUGAAGAGACAAACUGUUGUCUCAAAGCGAACUACAUCCACCAGGCUUCCAGCUCGAACGGUUACCAGAACCGUCACUACUGUGACCAGGUCCAAAACAGCACAAACUGUCUUGGUCACUGAGACCUACUCAACAACGAUUGUCACUCGAGUUGUUGAUACAGUCACCGUCGAGGAUGAGGCUACACAGGCUAUUCAAGCAACAGAAACCGUUGUUGUCGACCCUCCUCUACAUACCGUCCGCUUCUACACACCAGAUAGCCAAGACCCAGCUGUUGGUGGAAGGAUUGCAUUCCUUAGUCUUCAGUCUUCAGGUGACAGUUAUCUUGCCAACUUUAACAACCCUGAUGAAGUCCAAUUCGGCAUCCAUCCUAGCACCGGUGAAGUUAAGGUAAUCUCCGGCCCUGAUACUUCAGUGGGGGACACUCUCUACUAUUCAUCAGACGGCACAUGGUCUUUUGUCCUCAUUACAUCCCCAGCCCCUGAUGCUAGUACAGGAGCCAGACACUACGAGGAAUAA